AUUUCUUUUCUUCUCUGCCGGAGGCUCCCAGGUGGGCAGCGUCUGUCCGUCGGCGUCGGUUCUCUCCGCACCCUGCGAACUGCCAGGCUCGGGCGGGAGCGUCGGCAGCGGGCCGCGCCAUCGAGGGUCACCCCGCGGGGAAGGACGUGACGGGGGCGGCGCGGGUCGCGCGCGGACGCUCCCCGCCGAGAGCCCGCCUGCUGCCAUGGACUCGGAGUACUACAGCGGGGACCAGUCAGAUGAUGGUGGUGCCACACCAGUUCAGGAUGAGCGGGAUUCAGGGUCAGAUGGUGAGGAUGAUGCAAACGAGCAGCACUCUGGAUCAGACACUGGAAGUGUAGAACGACAUUCAGAGAAUGAAGCAAGUGAUCAAGAAGAUGGCUUGACCAAAAGACAGCAUGUGUCAGACUCUGAGAAUGAUGAGCCCUCAAAUCUUAAUGCUAGUGACUCUGAAAGUGAGGAGCUUCACAGGCCAAAGGACAGUGACUCUGAGUCUGAGGGUCCUGUAGAGCCUCCUGCAAGCGAUUCUGAAACUGAGGAUGUCAAUCAGCAAGGGAGUGACUCUGAGAGUGAGGAGACCAGGAAGCUACCUGGAAGUGACUCUGAGAAUGAGGAGCUUCUUAAUGGACAUGCAAGUGACUCUGAAAAUGAGGAGGCUAGAAAGCAGGCUGCAAGUGACUCUGAGGUAGAAGAGCUCCCGAAGAGUCCUGCCAGUGACUCAGAAACAGAGGAUGUUCUAAAACCUCAAGCGAGUGAGUCUGAGAGUGAGGAGCCCUCAAGACCCCAGGCUAGUGAUUCAGAGAAUGAGGAGCCUCCAAAACCUCACAUGAGCGAUUCAGAAAGUGAGGAGCUUCCAAAACCUCGUAUCAGUGACUCGGAAAGUGAGGAUCCGCCAAGGCACCAGGCCAGUGACUCGGAAAACGAGGAGCUCCCCAAACCCCAAGUCAGUGAUUCAGAGGGUGAGGACCCACCAAGGCACCAGGCUAGUGACUCAGAAAACGAGGAGCUCCCCAAACCCCGUGUCAGUGACUCUGAGAGUGAGGCACCACCAACACACCACCAGGCCAGUGAUUCUGAAAAUGAGGAGCUCCCAAAACCUCGAGUCAGUGACUCAGAAAGUGAGGGCCCCCAAAGACACCAGGCCAGUGAUUCUGAAAAUGAGGAGCUCCCCAGGCCGCGUGUCAGUGACUCGGAGAGUGAGGAGCCUCAGAAAGGACCUGCUAGUGAUUCGGAAGCCGAGGACGUCUCCGGACCCAAAGAGAAACCCGAGACAGAUGACAGCGAUGCGGAGAACAAGGGGGAGGACUCCGAGAUGCAGAAUGACAGCUUUCACUCAGAGAGCCAUGCCGACAGGAAAAGGAUCCACAGCUCCGACAGUGAGGAGGAGGAAGCCAAGAGGCAAAAGGUGGACAGUGAUGAAGAAGAAGGCAAAGAGGGCGAUAAGGAGAAAGUAGCAAAGCGGAAGGCUGCUGUGCUUUCUGACAGCGAGGAUGAAGAGAAAGCACCGGCAAAGAAGAGUCGUGUGGUCUCUGAUGCUGAUGACUCUGACAGUGACGUUGUGUCAGACAAAUCAAGCAAGAGAGAGAAGCCUGUGGCAUCGGACAGUGAGGAAGAAGUGGGGAAAGAAGUAUCUGCUAAGAAAAGUGAAGAAAAGGAUCUGUUUGGAAGUGAUAGUGAAUCGGGCAAUGAAGAAGAAAAUCUUAUUGCAGACAUAUUUGGAGAAUCUGGUGAUGAAGAGGAAGAAGAAUUUACAGGUUUUAACCAAGAAGAUUUGGAAGAAGAAAAAAGUGAAGCACAGGUAAAAGAAGAAGAUUCCGAUUCUGAUGAUAACAUAAAGCGAGGAAAACAUAUGGACUUUCUGUCGGACUUUGAGAUGAUGUUGCAACGAAAAAAAAGCAUGAGUGGCAAACGUCGACGUAAUCGCGAUGGUGGCACCUUUAUUAGUGAUGCAGAUGACGUCGUGAGUGCAAUGAUUGUCAAGAUGAAUGAAGCUGCAGAGGAAGACAGGCAGUUGAAUAAUCAAAAAAAGCCAGCACUGAAAAAACUAACCUUAUUGCCUACUGUGGUUAUGCACCUAAAGAAGCAAGACCUUAAAGAAACAUUUAUUGACAGUGGCGUGAUGUCUGCCAUCAAAGAAUGGCUUUCACCUCUACCAGAUAGGAGUUUACCAGCACUGAAGAUUCGGGAGGAGCUGUUAAAGAUUCUGCAAGAGCUACCUAGUGUGAGCCAGGAGACCCUGAAGCAUAGUGGGAUUGGACGAGCAGUGAUGUAUCUCUAUAAACACCCCAAGGAGUCACGGUCCAACAAGGACAUGGCAGGGAAAUUAAUCAAUGAAUGGUCUAGGCCUAUUUUUGGUCUUACCUCAAACUAUAAAGGAAUGACAAGAGAAGAAAGGGAGCAGAGAGAUCUAGAGCAGAUGCCUCAACGACGAAGAAUGAGCAGCACUGGUGGUCAGACACCAAGAAGAGACCUGGAGAAGGUGCUGACGGGAGAAGAGAAAGCUCUUCGACCUGGAGACCCUGGCUUCUGUGCCCGCGCCAGAGUCCCAAUGCCUUCCAACAAGGACUACGUUGUCAGGCCCAAGUGGAAUGUGGAGAUGGAGUCAUCCAGGUUUCAGGCAUCCUCCAAGAAAGGUGUCAGCCGACUGGAUAAACAGAUGAGAAAGUUCACAGAUAUCAGGAAAAAAAGCAGAUCUGCACAUGCAGUGAAAAUCAGCAUCGAGGGCAAUAAAAUGCCUUUGUGACCUUGCCUGGGAUGUGUCCCUUCUCUGAGAAAUGCACAAUGGACUCUUUGGAGAAAGAAAAUAUUUUAAAUUUUUUAGUUCGUCUGUAAAUGGUUCAGCUUGUAUUACAUGUUGUCACAGGACUCACAUUUUUCUCACUUGUAUUUAAAACUGUUUGUUGUGUGCUCUGUACAGAAUAAUACUGGUCAUACUUCUACAAACUUUACAUAAUAAAAUUUCAUUCUGUUUUUUGGGA